AUGAACUGCCUACCUGAAGAUCUGGCCCUGCAUUACCUUCAUCAAACACUGGGGGCGCUAGAACACCUUCACCAGAGAAGGGUGGUUCAUUUGGAUGUCAAAGUUGACAAUGUGCUGCUGUCUGCUGACUGCAGAGACACAUUCCUCUGUGACUUUGGUCUCUCAGAGACUUUAGAUGACAGUGGAUGGAGCACCAAGAAUUUCAGGGGAGCUGCAUUCCCCGGCACAGAGACCCACAUGGCCCCUGAGGUGGCACGAGGGGAUCAACUCUGCGCCAAGGCGGACGUGUGGAGCAGCUGUUGUAUGCUACUGCACAUGCUCAAUGGAUGCCAGCCAUGGAUACGUUACUAUUCCCAUCCACUGUGUCUCCAGAUUGUCAAUGAGCCUCCGCCUCUGUGGGAGGUGCCAUCCAAGUGUAACAACUUCACAGCUAAAGUGUUCAGGGCCGGACUCCAGAAGGACCCUGAAAGAAGAGCGUCAGCAACUGAGCUCAGGAAGAAAACCACCAAGGCCCUCAGAGCAGUUGGAGGUCUGAGUUCUUGGUCCAUGAAAAGCGCCUGUGAAAAACUGUAUCGUGUCCAGAACCAGAAUGAAGACACUCCCUGCUCUUUGUCCCAUCAGAUUCAGAAUAAACCAUCACAUACUGGCUCAGCACCUGCUAUGUACUGGGUGAGCCCUUGGAGAACUGCUGCAGUAGACGAGGACAGCAACGACUGGUCAGAAGGAAACUCAGACCAAGAAUCUGAGUUGGAGACAUUUUGCUUAACUGGGGAGUGGGACUCUGAGCCAAAAUCACUGCGGGAUGAUUACAUCACUAAUGAAAAAGACUGGGAGACUGGGUCUGAUUCAGAGGUAGAUAUAUACAUGGGGGAGGAGGAAUAUAUUCAGGAGAAGUGGCUGAAAACUGACAAGGACUAUGAGGGGGAUUGGGAAGAGGAAGGAGAUGAAGAGGAGGAGGAAGAGUGGGAUUCUACCGAGUCCACAGAGUAUCUUCGUGCUCUCCGAGGCCUUUUCCCUUUACUGCAAAAAAGUCACCAGAUAGAAGACGAUUCAUGGGGAUCAGAAGCAGAGCUGGAAUACCUCAGAGAUGAUGUGACUAAAGGUACCAGAAUCAAGACCCCGUCCCCUGAACCUCGAGAUGAACCACCAUCCUGCUUCAGCUGCUCUGACACAUCGCAGAUAGAUGCCACAGAGAAGGACUCUGAUCACUCAUCUGAUGACCUCAGCUCUGGCAUCUUUUCCUCCUGCAACAGUCAGACUGAUGCGUGCUUGGAGUGGUUAGCUUUGGCCAAUCGGCCGUCCUCACAGUGCUUUGAGGGUAUUGAUAUCUGGAUAGAGGACCCCGAGGGCAAGUGUUUGAGGAUACGCGAACGUAGGCGGAUCAAAGUGGGUCAUGUUGCCAUAGGAAUUAGUGAUCAGAUCUCAGGGAAAGCCUUCACUUUGGAGACUCUGGACAGGAAGACGGUGUCCUUUGAACGAGAGAUCAGAGAGUCUGGUCUGUGGCUUCGCUGUGUUCCUGCUCCUGACAGAUGCCAGCACUGGAGGUGGAGAGUCAGAGAAGGCAAGCUCGAACUUCGAGAAUGAGACGGAUAUUUUCUGUUCUCUGUUGUUGUUUUGGUCUUUUGGACUAAUUUAAUUUGGUUUUUUUUUAUUGGGAAAAGCUUUUAAGCACUUUAAAACUUUUCUCAGUGCAUUUACACAUAGCUCAACAUAAAUAAUCAAUUUUGACAGAAAUAUGGGCAAAAAACCUUAAACACAGGAAAAACAAAGAUACCAA